AUUGAGUUUACCAUUUUGGGUAUCAAAGCGACCACUCACUCACACUUUGGUGAUAUUUGAGGAGCCUGAAGUGGUGAAGUCAUACUAGUUGAAAUCAUGCCAUACGUUCUGAAACAGUGGCUUCUUGGUGGUGAAGAAGAAUGAAAGUGGGGAGGUAUAUAACUGGCAUUAUCACACCUCGUCUUCAACGACUUCCAGCUUCUCAAAUCAUGAACAAUUAACAAUGUCCAAACUUGAGGCUGAAUUCGAACAAAAAGAUAUCGCUGCCGUUGAAUCUGGCAUAAUUGAAGGCUCUGCUUCUUCAGAUAGCGAAGCUGAACACCAAUUGAACAAAUAUGGUGCGCCUGUGGAGAAGUACAAUCCAUUGGGCACUCAGAUGAACUAUAUGUCCCUCUUUUACAUGAUCAUAUCUGGUGUUGUUGGUACUGGUAUCUUCGGUACUCCUGGUACAAUUUUGGAUCAAAUUGGAUCUGUUGGUGCCUCAUACGUACUCUGGGUUGUUGGAUUCAUCGUCACACUCUUCAGAGUCCUUAUCUAUGUUGAAUACGUUACAUAUUUCAAAGAUAGGUCCGGAGGUGAUGUUGCAUAUCUCGAACAGGCAUAUCCCAAACCUGAAUUCCUAGUUCCAACUACAUACGCUGCAAUAACCGUUGUGUUCUCCUUUGCAACCUCAUCAGCCACUGCCUUUGGAUCGUAUAUCCUCCAGGCUGUCAAUGCAGUUCCAACUACUUGGAAUCAAAGAGGCAUCGGUGUUGCAGCUCUCGUAUUCACCACUGGACUAACAGCACUCAGCACCAAAUGGAGCUUGAGGCUUGCCAACUUCCUUGGUCACAUCAAGAUCUUUACGCUCUUCUUCAUCGCAAUAUCAGGGUUUGCGGUGCUUGGAGGUGGCACCCGUGUGACGAACCAGUUUGCAAACUUCCAACAUGCCUGGAAAGGUACCACAACUGAUCCCAAUGCCAUAGCAAACAGUAUCGUGAACAUCUCGUUCUCAUAUGGAGGAACAGGCUAUGCAUUCAGCUUAGUUUCUGAGAUGCCCAUGGCUAAGAGAAUGAAAGGGUUUAAGCUGCUGGUGCCAACAACUUUCUUCUUCAUAUUUGUGAUGUACAUUCUAUGCGUCACUGCCUUCUUCGCAGGCUCUGGUACUUUGGAUGAGCUGAAGAGUUCUCAUGUGCUGACUGCCUCGCUAUAUUUUGAUAAUGUGUUUGGAACAAGUGGACGGAGAGCACUGGAUGUGCUGGUGGCAUUGAGUGCCUUGAGCCAUCUGAUUGUCGUUGUCGUUGGCCAUUCGAGGUCGUUACGAGAGUGUGGACGUCAGGGCGUGCUUCCAUACAGGAACUUCUGGGUCUCUGUUAAACCAUUUGGAACUCCAUUGGGCCCAGUUGCUGUCACCUUCAUCAUCAACCUCAUCGUUUUACUUGCGCCUCCAGCUGGUGAUGCCUAUAACUUUGUUGUUUCCCUUGGCUCUUACUCUGGCUACAUCUUCGACUUCUUCCUCUCCUUGGGACUGCUAUUUGUAAGAAGGCAGAGAAAGAGAAGGGGGUUUCCAAGCACUGGGUUCCAUGUACCUUUCCCAGUUGUUGUUAUUCAUAUUCUUUUCCAGCUCUUUGUCAUGAUUAUGCCAUUGGUUCCGCCUGAGAACGAGGAUGGCUCGCUGAGAGGAACCAAUGUUAGCUUCUUCUACGCUACGUACUGUCUAGUUGUCAUUGGCCUAUUCCUACUGUGCUUUGUCUAUUACUUCUUUUGGCAGUUCAUACUACCAAAGUAUGGGAAGUACGCCCACAGAGUCCAAGUGUAUACCCUUGAGAAUGGAGCCAAGGGUAACCGUGUUGUGAAGAUACCUUUGGAUGAAGUAGAGGAAUGGGAUACAAAGCAUAAGAGCAUUGAGCUGACAACUGUCGACAAGCGUUAAACAGUCGUUGGCUCUCUGUUUCCAUCAACUUGCAGAUGUCGUGGG